AUGUAUCCUCAUUUACAAUCACAGACUAGUUAUAAAACGGGCCAUACAAAUACAGGCGGUUUUGAUGAAUUUGUUCACCGUUACAACAUUAACGAAGCUUUUGCCACGAAGCUUCGUGGUCUACGUGGUUAUGAAAUUGUUGUCUUAUGUGAUGAUUCAGGUUCAAUGAAGGCUCCGAUCGGAUGUGCCCCUAGUGCAGGACAGCAACAAUCUACUCGCUGGGAAGAACUUAAAAAAACGGUCUCAAUUGUUGUUGAUUUGGCGAGUACACUAGAUCCGGACGGUGUUGAUGUGUAUUUUUUAAAUCGAAAACCAUUGCUACAUGUUCAUAAUUCGAAAGAAUUAGUUUCCACAUUUGCUAUACCUCCAAAUGGUGCGACACCAAUUGUGCGGGUGUUGAGACAAGUUCUCAAUGAUAAGAAAAAUGAAAUUCAACAAAGAAAAUUACUUAUUGUUAUAGCUACAGACGGUGUACCAACAGAUAAUAACGGUCAACCGAAUGUACCAGACUUUUAUCAAGUUCUUGCACGUGAACGCCUUCCUAUAGAUCGAGUUCCAGUAACAAUUAUGGCUUGCACAGGUGAAUAUUAA